AUGUCAGCAUCGAUAACAACUCCUGCGCAACUAGAAGCUCUCAUUCAAAAUGCAACUAGCGAGUCGAUUCCUCACGGAGCUGUUGAUCUCACAAUUGCACUAGAGGUGUCAGAUGUAAUAAGGUCAAGGAGGAUCCUUCCUAAGGAAGGCAUGCGCUGUUUAAAAAAGCGUAUUAUCUCCACUCGCUCGAAUCCUAACACAAACCUCUCUUCCUGGACACUAGUGGAGCUGUGUCUGAAAAACUGUGGGAUUCCUUUUAUUAAGGAAAUCUGUUCUCGGGAAUUUAUGGACGCCUUGGAACAUGCGAUCCUUGACAAUGAAUCCAAUGAGGAGCUAGAACGGAUGUGCAAGGGUAUUCUGCAGAAUUUAUAUGUGGCAUUCAAGAACGAUAGUCAGUUAAAUUACGUUUCUAAAGUCUACCAAAGGCUUACUUCGAGGGGAGUUGAUUUCCCUUCGAACCUAACUAGUGAUUCCGAACUAGCUACCGCGAUGUUUGAUUCUAAGACUCCUGCAGAUUGGGUGGAUUCUGAUGUGUGCAUGAUUUGCUCUGUAAAGUUCACUCUACUCAACAGAAAACAUCAUUGCCGGUCCUGUGGCGGCAUAUUCUGCCAAGAACAUUCUUCCCACCGCAUACCAUUACCUGACUUGGGAAUUUAUGAGCCGGUAAGGGCUUGUGAUGACUGCUAUGAUGAAUAUGAGUACAGACGACAAUCAGGGAAAAAACAUCAAAAGAAGAAGAAACAAAGCGGCAAGAAGUCAGGGGCAUCUGUUCAGGAACAGGAAGAUGAACAAUUGAAAAGGGCUAUUGAAAUGUCGUUAAGAGAAUCCCGAAACAGCGACACAUUUGUGCCAGUGGUGUCAGCCGCGCCGGCGGUAAAGGAGUCAAGUCCCCCCAUGGUUGAAGAAGAACAAGAUGAGGACUUGAAAGCUGCAAUUCAAGCUAGUUUGCGUGACGCAGAGGAACUGAAAAGAAGACAAGAAAAUACGCCAAAACAACAUUCUGCCGAACUAAACAAUAUGUCACAGCAUGUUCUUCCGCGACCUAGCUACGGAAUAUCAACUUCUGAAGAGGACGAUAUUCAGCUCUUUGCGACACUCGUAGAGCGCAUGAAGUCACAACCUGCCACUGCAGUACUUGAGGAUACCCAGUUACAGCAACUGUAUCAGAAGGUUAUGGGAACUGUUCCCAAACUCAACUACUCACUGAACGAUGCAUCUCAAAAGUACAAUACGAUGGUAAGCAUGAAUAGUAAAAUUUCGGAUAUUAUGAAUAUCUACGACUCGCUGCUUGAAAAGCAAUUACAAUCUAUUAGUUUGAAUCAGCAAUAUUCCAUGCCACAGCUUCCCUCAGAUCCAUACGCUUACUACAAUGUGGCUCAGCAGGAUUCACAUCUAACAGCAUCUCAAAGUCCGCGCACACAAAUACCUUAUAGACUUCCGGUCAGCAUAAGUGACUCAAAUUCGUUUGUUGGACAAAGAAUGGGCGAGCAAACGCGGCAAUCAUACUCUACCUCACCUGCUCAGAAACACCGAAUUCAGCAUUCACCGCAUAGAAGUCAUGUGGAAGAGCUGCGUGGAGUGGCUAUAGACUCUCUUCAACAUAGCGACUUGGAGAAAAAUCAACAGCGGCCAUACCCUGAUGAAGCGCAAGACGGGGAGCUGGCGAAUGGGGAGUCCGACAUAACGUAUUCUAAAAACGAAAAUCCUUUGAAUCAUCCAUCUGAGCCACCAUAUCCGAACGAAGACGAGGAACCUGUUAAAAAAAUUAACAAUCCUUCACCUGAGAGAACUAAUGGAAUUACAAACUUUGAUUUUCCUACUGUCCCACUUCAUCAACCGCCUGUAAAAGAGCGAGAAACCACACACCUUGAAGAACCUCAUGAACGUGAAGAGCUACUAAUCGAACUGUGA